AUGCUGGCCGUCGGAUCAGAGGACAGGAGGGUGACAGCAUCUACUAGUUCAAAACGGAUUAGCAUUACUGGUCGUGACUUCGGGGACCCCUCCUCUCCUUCCUUCUUGGAGAGGGUCGUCGAGGAGUGCCUCCCCCUCUACCGCGCCAUCACCAGGGCGACUGUGGUGGACGGCCGCUCUACCUCCUUCUGGCUGGAUAAGUGGCUCACUUGGGAGCCACUUGCGACGCGUUUUCCCGCCCUCUUCUCCCACAGCACGCGCCGCCACGCAUCCGUGGCCUCUGUGGUCUUGGGGGGCCUGGACCUCCAGGACUGGGCUGCUGAGGCCGAGCUCCUGGUUGUCCGCCGCUUCAUCGACGCCACGGUGCUCCAGGAGGGCGCCGACCACCGCGCCAUCGACUCUCCUUCGACGCCCAGCUUCUCCUCCCGUGAGGUCUACCGCGCCCUCUCACCGGCGCGGCCCGUCGACACUGCAGCCUGCAUGACUUGGUCCCUCCGGAUCCCUACCAAGGUCAAGAUCUUCGCUUACCUCCUCGACAUCGAUCGCCUGAGCACCCGGGCGAACCUCUUCCACAAGGGGUGCGCCCCCUCUUCUGCGUGUGCUGCUUGCGGUGCCCCCGAGUCUGGGCGCCACCUGUUCUUCGACUGCCCCAGAGCUGCCGAGCUCUAG